CAGAUCAUCUUCUAUGAGGACAGGAACUUUCAGGGUCGCUCUUAUGAGUGUAACUCUGAUAGCUCUGACUUGCUUUCCUUCUUUAACCGAUGUGGUUCAAUCCGGGUUGAACAUGGAAACUGGAUGGUCUACGAGUUUCCAAACUACAGGGGAUGCCAGUUUUUCUUAAAAAGAGGGGAAUAUCCCGACUUUGAACAAUGCUUGGGCUUCGGGGACUCCAUCAGAUCCUGUAGGAUUAUUCCCCAGGUAACUCAAACUUCAUGUAAGAUUAGGGUAUAUGAGAGAGAAGACUUCAAAGGUCAGAUGAUGGAGUUUACUGAAGAUUGCCCACAAGUAUUUGAAAAAUUCCGCUAUCAUGACAUCUACUCAUGCAAUGUUCUUGAAGGACACUGGAUCUUCUAUGAGGAGCCCAACUACAGAGGGCGUCAGUACUACUUGAGACCUGGAGAGUACAGGAGAUACAGCGACUGGGGUGGUGUUACCAGCAGGGUUGGUUCUUUCCGAAGAGCUGUAGACUUACACUAA